AUGUCAAAAUCCGACAUCUCAAGUAACUCUGAAGCGGACGAGGUGCUACCGGCCCCGGCAAAGCCAACCUUAUGGGACCGAUUCAAGGCACAUAUGAAGAGGCUCUGGUGGGCUUAUUCGAUCGCAUUCUGCAUCUCUGUCCUAAUCAUUAUUCUCCCACUCUUUUAUGUCGGGAUUCCUAAUUUCGCGAACGAUUAUAUCAACAAGUACGAGUAUGACUACGAUGGUCUCGAGAUUACCAACCCCCGGCCAGCCGCCUUUCAUGUUAAACAAAAGCAAACCCUUCAAAUGGGAGGUGGGUUUAGUGGUAGUGGCCAUAUGAACGCAUUCAAUGCCACAUGUCGUCUCAAAGACACCCAUGAGCUCUUUGCGGUCUUCCCAGUGCCCAGCAUUGCAUUUGGCAAUGGCGCUACCCUCGAAAUAGACCAAGAUUUGGAUUUGUCGUGUGUCGACUGUCUGUCACGAUUGGCGUCUGCAGCUGGGUCUAACAAAAGCUCUUCCAUUUUGAUCGAGGGUUCACCGGAUUUGAGUUUUGGAGCACUGCCGACUGCUCAUUUGAACAUCCAUAAAAUAAUGAACGUGGGCGGUUAUAAUGUCACAGACUUCAUCAAUACCGAAGGCGCAUUCAACGUCACCAGUAUAGACCUCCUGGACCCCCCAGUUGAUGGAUAUAAUUUCAAUGCCACAAUCUCCGUGCACAAUCCGACUCCUUUCAUUGUUGAGAUGGGACAUGUGACUUUCAAUCUCACUAUGGGUGGCUCGGAAUUGGGAUGGGUCGAUGUACCCUAUUUAUUUCUGCAAAAGACUAUCAGCAGCGCUGUGGUCCUCGGUUCAGUUGAUAAAGAAAGGUUGAUUCACGAGGCCAUUUCGGGUGACGAUGACAUUGGCACCGUGACUAUCGAGGUUCAUGGAAGAAGCUGUUCUUUCAAGGGUGUCGAUAUUCCUUACUUCACAGCGGCUAUCAAGGCUGUGUCUGCGUCGGCAAGAAUUGAUCUAUUAAAAUACGCAUCAAGUUUAUUUUCUUGA